AUGUAUCACAAGUUAUCAAUCUUCUUUUCUGAUGUAGUUGACAUUGAAAGAUAUUCAAAAGAUUAUAAAAAUACGAUAUUUGAUGAUAAUUAUGAUCGCAAAAAAGAUCAUAAUAAGGAUUACAUCAUUUAUGCCAUAUAUUCAUUGUUAAGAGAAAUUGAAAAAGGAAGCUUGAAAAGACAUAUUGGUAAAAUUGAUGGCAAAGAGCACGUUAGGAUAAAGAGAGGUGUGCAAAAAUUAAAACAGUGUAUGUUUGAUAAUUAUGAUAGUAUACCUGAACAACCCAGAGAAUACAUCUCAUUAGUUAUAAAUAUAAAGGCUGUAGUUCAAGAGAUGAUGAAGGCACAACCAUUAAAUAAAGGUGAAUUCCAAAUACCUUCAUGCUUAACAACACCUAAGAAGGCUAAAUUAUGCAUAGAAGAAAAAGCCCAGAAUUCAUAUCCAUCAUCGCCAUGUCCUGGAUCUUCUGAGUCUGAAUUACCAUUAAUAUAA